UCAGUGCGACGGUUGUGCUCGGUUCGUUCGAUUCUAAAUCUUAAGGGAGGCGUAAAAUAAAUAUAUAUAAACUACAUUUAAAUAUAUAUAAACUACGAAAGUAACAAAUCAUAAUGGAUCCUGGUGCGGGUGCAGUGAAUAAAUUUAAUAACGAAGAAAGUGAUUCCAUCUGCGGGAUGCCCGUGGAGGCGCACGAUCCUCUGUAUUUGGAGGCCUACCGCCAGAGCAUCCAGGAUCCAGCUGCCUUUUGGGAGGAACAGGCUCACCUGCUCGACUGGGAUCGUCCGUGGCAACAGGUUCUGGACAACAGCAAUCCUCCCUUCACCAAAUGGUAUGUGGGUGGCUAUCUGAAUGCCUGCUACAACUCCAUCGAUCGCCACAUUUUUGGGGGCCGAGGAUCCAAGGUGGCCCUCAUCCACGACAGUCCGCUGACGGGAACGGUGCGUCGGGUGACCUACCAGGAGCUGUACGACCAGAUUGUCCUGUUGGCUGGUGGUUUAUCCAAACUGGGCGUAGUUAAGGGCGACCGUGUUGUGAUAUACAUGCCCCUCAUUCCGGAAACCAUCAUUGCCAUGUUGGCAAUUGUUCGCCUGGGUGCCAUCCACUCAGUGGUCUUUGGUGGCUUCGCUGCCAGGGAACUAUGCUCCCGAAUUGAGCACGUUGAACCAAAGCUGGUCAUCGCUUCCAAUGUGGGCGUGGAACCGGGCAAGGUGGUGCCGUACCUGGACAUCCUGCACUCGGCCAUCAAAAUGUCGCGUUGGCAACCUCCUCAAAAGAACAUCAUCUUCCGGCGGGAGAAUAUCUUACCGGAUACCACAAAACUAAAUCCACUGGAGGAUGUGCUCUGGUCGGAUGUCCUGAAAAUGUCGAAGGGCGAGAAGCCGGUGGCCUGCGUUCCCAUCGAAGCCAAUGAUCCGCUGUAUAUCCUUUACACCUCUGGAACGACAGACAAACCGAAGGGAGUGCUGCGCACCAUUGGGGGUCACCUGGUUGCCCUGAUGUACACACUACGCACGCUUUACGGCAUCAGUCCUGGUGACACCUGGUGGGCAGCUUCGGACAUGGGAUGGGUGGUGGGUCACUCGUACAUCUGCUACGGGCCACUUUGCCUGGGAGCGACCAGCGUGAUGUACGAGGGCAAACCCGACCGAACACCCGAUCCUGGGCAGUACUUCAGAAUUAUUGACCAGUACCAGGUGCGUUCGAUCUUCUCAGUGCCCACAUCCUUCCGAGUAAUUAGAAGAGCCGAUCCAGAAAUCAGUUAUGGACGUCAGUACUCCAUGAAAUCACUGCGAGCCAUCUUUAUUGCCGGCGAGCACUGCGACUACGAAACCAAGUCGUGGAUCGAAAAGACCUUCAAGGUGCCGGUGCUCAACCAUUGGUGGCAAACGGAGACGGGUUCCGCGGUGACCGCCACCUGCCUGGGAUUCCAGCAGAGCCUCAGUCCGCCCACUUACUCCACGGGACUGCCCCUCAUGGGCUACCAAGUCAAGAUUCUGAAAUCAGACGGCAGCGAAGCACAGACCUCGGAGCUGGGAAGGAUUGUGCUGAAACUUCCUUUGCCACCCGGUAACAUGGCUACUCUUUACAAGAAUGAGGAUCUAUACCGAAAGCUCUACUUCCAAAAGUUUCCGGGCUACUAUGACACCAUGGAUGCCGGCUACAAGGACGACCGUGGCUACAUCUUUGUGACUGCCCGCGACGAUGAUGUGAUCAAUGUGGCUGGCCAUCGGUUGUCGACCUCCAGUCUGGAAGAUGCUGUUCUCCGUCAUCCAGACGUGGUGGACGUUGCUGUUUUCGGGGUUCCCGAGGCAACAAAAGGCCAAGUGCCGCUGUGCCUUUACAUUCCGGUGGAGAACUGCCAAAAGACCGAUGCCAAGCUCUCGACGGAGAUCAUUAAGCUGAUCCGGGAUGUAGUGGGUCCGAUUGCAGCUUUCCGUUUAAUAACUUCAGUGAACAACCUGCCACGCACUCGAUCCGGAAAGACAAUGCGCAAGGCAAUGGCGGACUUUGCCCGGAAUGAACGAGUCAUCCUGCCGGCCACCAUCGAUGAUGCCAGUGUUUUCACCGAGAUCCGGAGGGCUCUCCAGCAAUUGGGUUAUGCCAUGUCAGCACCGGAUCCGAUUGUGGCCAAGUUACUUGACUGAAGGGUUUACGGUGCCCAAACAUUAAUCCUUAGAUUGUACGAUCCCCGUGAAAAAGAAAUAAAAUUUAAGCAAGUG